UGAAUGUGAUCGCACACACAAACGAAACACGGAGCGGCGUUUAUCAGGAGCCUGGAUCCACACCGACACCGAUCAUAGCGCAACCACCGUCCUUUGAACAUCCUUUCAUAUCCAUAUUAUCACCUUAAACCUUUAAACAGUGUCUUCAUUGCUAUGGCACAUUCGAUGGGAGUGUCUCUGGUGUGAUUGACAGCAAAGAGGGAUGGGCUAUGCUGAGGAUCAGAGAAGAGUAGAGACCACGCCCCUUAUAUAUUCUUGCCGCUAGCACAGGACACAAUGAGACUCAAUCCUUCCUGAAUCGCACACACUCCAGCGACCUUCCUCACCAUGGGUUCUGUAUACCUGUGGAAGCUGUCUUCCCAGAAGUUGGGAUUCUUCCUGGUGAGUUUCGGCUUCAUAUGGGGGAUGAUGCUGCUGCAUUUCACCAUCCAGCAAAGAGCGACGCACGAGAGCAGCACGCAGCUACGCAUGCAGAUAUUGGACCUCAGCAAACGAUAUAUCAAAGCCCUCGCUGAGGAGAAUCAAAGCGUGAUGGAUGGACCCUACGUGGGAACCAUGACAGCAUACGAUCUAAAGAAGACUCUGGCUGUUCUUUUAGAUAAUAUAAUGCAGAGAUUAUCAAAGCUGGAGACUAAAGUGGACAAUAUCAUUUACAACGGCUCCGGAACAAACCUGACAAAUGGAACUGGGACCCCUGGACCAAACCUGGUGAUCCCAGAGAAAGUGAACGUGGCAGACUUGCUAAACGGAGCACAGGAAAAAUGUGAACUCCCCUCACUUGACGGGUUUCCUCAUUGCGAAGGCAAAAUCAAGUGGAUGAAAGACAUGUGGCGUUCGGACCCCUGUUACGGCAACUACGGAGUUGAUGGAUCUACCUGUUCGUUCGUCAUUUACCUGAGUGAGGUUGAGAACUGGUGCCCUCAUCUGCCAUGGAGGAUCAAGAGCAUCAUUGGUGAAUCAGACAGAAAAACACAGAUGGAGAUUCGUACGAGUUUCGACGAGCUGUACCGUGUGAUGUCACGCCGUGAAGAAUUUCGCUGGAUGAUGCUGCGAAUUAAACGCAUAGAAGAGCCGUGGGUCAGCGCCGUCCGCUCUCUCGCCAACAAACAAAACCUCGGCAACCGCAGACGCAAAAAGAUCCUGGUGCACUUGGGUCUCUUGACGAAAGAGUCUGGCUUUAAAAUCGCUGAGAAUGCGUUCAGCGGUGGUCCACUCGGAGAACUCGUUCAGUGGAGUGACCUCAUCACUACACUGUACCUGCUUGGACAUGACAUCCGUAUCUCGGCGUCUCUCGCCGAGCUGAAGGAGAUCAUGAAGAAAGUCAUGGGCAACAAGUCCAGUUGCCCCACAAAGGGUGACAAAGUAGUGGAGCUCAUCUACAUAGACAUUGUUGGUCUUUCACAGUUCAAGAAAACUCUGGGCCCGUCGUGGGUCCAUUAUCAGUGCAUGUUGAGGGUCCUAGACUCCUUCGGGACAGAGCCUGAGUUUAACCACGCCCACUACGCCCAGUCAAAAGGCCACAAAACUCCAUGGGGCAAGUGGAACCUGAACCCCCAACAGUUCAACACCAUGUUCCCUCACACUCCAGAUAACAGUUUCCUGGGCUUCGUCGUGGAACAGCACCUGAAUGCUAGUGACGUCAAGCACAUCGACGAUAUCAAGCGGCAAAACCAGUCUCUCGUUUACGGCAAGGUGGACAACUUCUGGAAGGAUAAAAAGAAAUACCUGGACAUCAUUCACUCAUACAUGGAAGUACACGGCACAGUUCACGGUACCAGCACCGUCCACCUGCCGGGUUAUGUCAAGAAUCACGGCAUCCUGAGCGGCCGUGACCUCCAAUUCCUCCUGCGUGAGACCAAGCUAUUUGUCGGAUUGUCCUUCCCCUAUGAAGGACCCGCCCCUCUGGAGGCCAUAGCCAAUGGCUGCGCUUACUUGAACCCGAGAUUCGAACCCGCUAAAAGCAGCAAAAAUGCAGAUUUCUUCAAGGGGAAACCUACGCUCAGAGAGCUGACAUCCCAGCACCCGUACGCUGAGGUCUACAUUGGACGACCCCACGUCUGGACCGUCAAUAUAGACGAUCCCGCCGAGGUGGAGAAUGCUAUUAAAGGAAUCCUCAGUCAGAAGAUUGAGCCGUAUCUGCCGUAUGAGUUCACCUGUGAGGGGAUGUUGCAGCGCGUCAAUGCUUUCAUCGAGAACCAGGAUUUCUGUCAUGGUCAGGUGAUGUGGCCUCCUCUGAGCACCAUGCAGGUGAAAUUCGCUCCAGCUGGUAAAUCCUGCAAACAGGUGUGUCAGGAGGAGCAGCUGAUCUGUGAACCCUCAUUCUUCCAGCACCUCAAUAAAGACAAAGAUCUGGCCAGGUAUGGCGUUGAGUGUAAGACGGUGGAGUCUGCCGGCGAUAUCAUCGUCCCUGCUUUUGGCGAAUCAGAGCAGCACUGCGUAUUCCAGUCCGAUUUGCUGCUGUUCAGCUGCGCCGGGGCGCACCACACCCUCACGCGCAUCUGCCCCUGCAGAGACUACAUGAAAGGCCAGGUGGCGCUGUGCAAAGACUGCUUAUAACACACAAACGCGCACGCGCGCACACUCUGGAAACCUCCGGACGGUGUACGAUUCGGAUACUCGCCGUUCUGGACGACUUACGACGUUUUGAACUGAAGCGACGGCGUGGCAGCUCUCGGAUAAGAUGAUCCGUCUUACCGUAAUCAAACAACAGAAGAGGAAAAAAGUUGGAAACGCUUUAUUUGAUAGUGUUUAUUUACAUAAGUAUGGAGUAAUACCAACGAACUACGAAGUACUUACUGGGGAACUAUUUUGUGCAGCUGCAAUGUAAUUUGUUAUUACUUUAGAGAUUAUUGUUAAUAACAUGUCAAAUGUGUAAAUACGACACUGUAAAAUAAAGUGUGACGUAUUUUUGCUGGAUUCAUUUCACGCGGACUAGUUUCAGCCUGGCAUACUUGAAGCAGCGAGCAGGGAACCAGAACUCUACGCUGCCCCCUGCAGGCCUGGAGAAACACUGCAGUGAAACAUGUUACCCUGGAUUUCUUCUGCUUCCUACAUCGGACCGAGAAAGCAUCUUUAGCCGAACUUCACCAUUUUGAAGACCGUGUGUGUGUGUGUUUGUGUGUGUGUGUGUGUAGAGAGUGUAUUUGCAAUUUUCAAGUGGUGGAGAAACAGACCAUGAACAAGCUUCCCUAGUUUAACACUGUAACGGAGAUUUCCGCGUAUUGGCUCUGUGAAACGAUGCGUUUAUAUGUAAAUAACAAAUGUUGAAGUCUGGUUUAUUCUGCAUGGUAGUUUAUUUCCAUUGAAGCAACGUUGAUACACACACACAUGACAGGCUUUGUGUGUGUGUGUGUGUGUGUGUGUGUGUGUUUGUACUGAAGUUCUGCCAAUAAUUAAAUUUAAACACAGCACAUGUUUAAAACUGGUCAAUUUCAGUGAACUGCCAGCCACAAACCAGCCAGUAUAAUCUAAAACACAAACCCAGACUAACCAUAAAGAAAACUAGUAGAGCUCAUUCAUGAAAGUGGGCCACUUUUGUUUUCAUUGAGAUGAAUUGACCUAGCUAUUUAAUGCUUUUAGGACGUUCUUGGUUGGGGAUAGUUUUCGUCAACUUGAUACCCAAUCAGAGAUUUUUCUGUAAAAUAUGUAUAAAAACAGAUGUGUACAAAACUAGGCUAAAAGAUGGAUUUUAAUUGUAUUAUUUUUGUGUUAAAAACACAGAUCGGCCUUUAGGUUUUAGUUUUUAUAUGAUGUCUGGAGGCCUGUAUUCUUGAAUUUGCCAAUCUAAUAUAAAAAAGACAUCAAAAUAAUAAUUAUUAUAAGAGUUAUUUGUGUUUUGGAAUGAAAAUGCACUGUAGCGAAUUUGAAGAUUUGACACCAGUUAUUACGAUACUGUAAAAUUGUUUUGAAGCUUGUUUGUUUUUUUAAUUUAUUUUGUAUACAAAUCUUUAUCUCUGCCUGUUGAUUUAUAUUUUACUUUAUUUAUAGAAGAGAACAGAAAUUUAUAGAGGGAAAUAUUAUGUAUCGGACUAAUUUAAGUGCGUUUAAGCGCAUAUGUUUGUCCAGAGUACUUACUACCUGUACAAACGGCAAAGAAAUCCAGUUUCGGUUAUUUGUACAUUUUCGCAAAAGAGCAAAUUCGUCUUUUAUUUGAAGUAAUUUAGAUCUGUUUUUAAAACGUAACUAUAAUUGCACAAUCCUUUGAAAUCUUGGCUAUAAAAGUUAACUGUUAGUCAAAGUGACAUUUAACGUUAUAUAAACAUAUAGAUUUCUUUUGUCGUCAAUACUUUGGCCAAACAUUGCGAGCGUGAUUUCAUUUUCGAUUUUCAAAAGCCAGCAAGAACCUCAUUUGAAGAUUUUAUCCAGUGUAUGAUUUCUGUAAACAUUUGCACAUUUGUAAAUAUAGAUCUGGAUCUCUUCUAGUUUUGCACUCUUAACUUAUACGAUAGUUUUAAGUUUGGGUUUCGGCUCGGUCAAGAUCUGUACGUUUCUACGUAAAAAGAUGGUCUUCAGCAAAGCUAUUGUUUUAAGUCUUGUUUCAUGACGUGCCUUGAGAUGGUUAUUAGCAUUGACUUAGUUUUUGCUUUUACGAAACCGAAUACAUUGACGCUGUAAUGCUAGCUAGCUUAAAGCUGAAACGGUAGUUUAAUAGUUUCAAACGGAGCUAAAGUUGUCGGCAUUUAGCGUAAAAUAGUUUUUGCCAAAUGUUCAGUGGUUGUUGACGCAAAUUCACAAUCAAACAGAUUUGUCUUGUUCACUGUCCUUAUAUUUGGUUUACAGUUUUACAGUAUGAAGGAUGCCACAUUGUUUUGAUAUUGUUUGUGCAUUUCAAGCUUAGUUAUCCAUCACUUUGGUUUUUUAUUAAUACAUGUUUUACUUAAGAUUCAAGAUUAGUCUUGUGGCCAGUAAUUCAUAGCGAGUAACUACUGAUUUGUUGUAGGAAAAAUUGGAAUGAAACCCAAAUUGCGAGUUGAACAUAAUUACAUUGUUAUUUUGUUUUCUACCUGUAUGUUAUACUGUUCGAAUGGGUAUUUAUUUUUACUUUUUUUUGCUUUUGUCUUUUUUAUUUUAUUAGAUUUUGUGUUUCUUGUUUUGUUUUUGCUAUUUUCUGUUUUGUUUUUAUUUGAAUAGAUUUUUUUGUUUUGU